AUGAUAUGUGUAGAUAUACAGCCAUAUUCUGUUGUGUCUGAUUUAGGAUUUCAAAGAUUACUAAAAAAAAUCGUUCCUAAUUACAAUAUUCCCAGCAGAAAAUAUUUUUCUGAAAAUAUCAUCCCCGAUAUAUUUCAAAAAGUUCAGUUAAAAAUUCAGAAAGCUAUUUAUGAUGCAAAAUAUAUUUCUUUAACUGCUGAUAUUUGGACAGCAACUACAAACAAUUCUCCUUUUUUAAGUGUAACAGCCCACUGGUUGAAGGAUGAUUUUCAGCAGGAAAGAGCUGUUUUGCGAAUUGUUCCCUUUGAAGGUUCCCACACAGCUACACGAAUCAGUGAACAGAUAAACAUUGUUCUUGAACAGUAUAAGUUGACAAGUGAUAAGAUAUUCUUAGUACUGAGAGAUUCUGCAGCAAAUAUGGUAGCUGGAAUCAGGAAUUGCAACUUAGAGGCAUUAUCGUGCUUUAUUCAUACACUGCAGCUGACACUAAACGAAUGCAUAUUUUCUCAACAAGAUGUUAAAACUAUAAUCACAGUUAAUAGAAAUAUUGUCACACAUUUUAAUCAUUCUGCUGUAGCUGUAAGCAAAUUGGAAGAUUUGCAAGAAAAGUUAGGUUUGCAGAAACACAAAUUAAUUCAAGAUGUUCCUACUCGCUGGAAUUCUACAUACUACAUGUUGCAAAGAAACUUGGAACAGCAAAAAGCCCUGGUCACGUAUGCCAUAGAUAAUAAAAUUCCUACAUUGAGCCCAUAUCAGUGGUCUCUCAUUGAAAAAAUUGUUCUACUUUUAAAACCAUUCGAAGAAAUUACUAUGGAAGCCAGCAAACGAGAAACCACCUCAUCUUCAAUAAUUCCCACAAUAAAGACUCUGAAAUUAUUCUUAUCAAAAGCAAAGAGCAGUAGUUCCUUUAGUGGCAUUAAUACCACAAUAGAAAAAUUAGAAAAUUCAAUAAAAAAAAGAUUUUCAGCAUAUAUAGAAAAUAAGUCUUUAUGCUUGUCAUCUUUAUUAGAUACAAGAUUCAAAAUUAAAUUUCAAAAAGAGGAUAUGGUAGAGGAAAUAAAAAGAUGGGCAAUUGAUAGCUUAGAAGAUGUUGAUAAUUCAAAAUCUCAAGAAAAAUUAAAUUUUGAAGUUUCUACUUCUGGAGAUGAUGAAGAUGGAGGAGAAUCUUUAAGUUUUUCUAAUUUAUUUGAUGAAUUAGCUUCUGGUAAACGAAAGAAUGAAGAAGAGCAUGUUUUUAAAAAGAAAGAAAAAGCGAAAGAAAUGAACAAACGUUUCGAUCAAGAAUUAGAAACAUAUUUACAUUUACCCCUUAAACAAAGACAUAGUGACCCAUUUUUGUGGUGGAGAAGUUCAAAAGAACUUUUUCCUAAUUUGAGCGAACUAGCUAUGAAAUAUUUAAGUGCCCCAGCAUCUUCCAUUGAAAGUGAAAGAAUUUUCAGCACUGGAGGUAACAUUUAUGAGCCGGCAAGAAAUAGGUUAUGCCCUGAAAAUGGUGAAAUUCUCAUGUUUUUGCAUUACAAUUUAAGGGUUUUACAGUUUGAAUACUAAAUGUUUAUUUGUUUUAAAUCUUUAAAGUUUAAACUUUAAAUAAAAGAUAUCGUU